CAGCGCCGCUAGGUCCGGGACGCUCCGCGCCGCCUCGCCCGCCCGCGGCCGCCGCGCCCCGCGCCCUCACCAUGACCAAGACCGAGAAGAAGUCGUUCCACCAGAGCCUGGCCGAGUGGAAGGUCUUCGUCUACAACCCGACCACCGGGGAGUUCCUGGGGCGCACCGCCAAGAGCUGGGGUUUGAUCUUGCUCUUCUACCUAGUUUUUUAUGGGUUCCUGGCUGGGCUCUUCACACUCACAAUGUGGGCCAUGCUUCAGACCCUGAACGACGAGGUUCCGAAAUACCGCGACCAGAUCUCUAGCCCAGGACUUAUGGUUUAUCCAAAACCAGUGAGUGCAUUGGAAUAUACAUUUAGUUUAUCAGAUCCGAAUUCCUAUAAAGGAUAUAUUAACGAUCUUAAGAGGUUUCUAAAAUCAUAUUCUUUAGAAGAACAGAAGAAUCUCACUGUGUGUCCUGAUGGAACACUCUUUGAACAGUCGGGUCCGGUUUAUGCCGCAUGUCAGUUUCCUGUGUCCUUACUUGAAGCUUGCAAUGGUACCAAAGAUCCUGAUUUUGGCUACUCCCAAGGCCAGCCUUGUGUUCUUGUGAAAAUGAACCGUAUCAUUGGAUUAAAGCCUGAAGGAGAACCAAAGAUAGGAUGUGUUUCAAAGGAUGAGACCACAGCCUCCGUGUCAACAUACCCCGACCAGGGAGCCAUAGACUUAAAGUAUUUCCCAUAUUAUGGGAAAAAACUGCACGUGGGGUACCUGCAGCCGCUUGUUGCUGUCCAGGUCACCUUCGAAGCUAACAGUACCAAGAGGGAAGUGACCGUCGAGUGCAAGAUCGACGGGUCUCCCAACUUGAGGAACGAGGACGAUCGGGACAAGUUUUUGGGACGAGUCGUGUUCAAAAUCACAGCGCGUGCCUAGGAUGUGUAGGUGGUCUCCACAGAAUAAAUGUGUUGUCGGUCUUGGUGCAUCAGCUGGACCUGCCAUUCUAGAGUUAGGAGACCGCCCUGGAGGACAGCGGGGCACAUGGCACUUGGCUCCGCGUGUGGCGUUGCGUGUCCUGCCCUUGCGUCCUGUGGCUCUGCGCCGGCAGCCCGCGUGCAGCCAGCUAGGGACCGUGCCUGGCUGCAGAUGCGUGCCACGCCACACCGCGCCGCCCUCCUCCCCUCCCGGGCUCGCUGUCGUGCCUAAAGCUUCCUGUG